AUGGCCCUGAUCACGCUGUCCGGUUACCCGUCCUCUGGCAAAACAAAGCGCGCGCACCAGCUCAAAACCGACCUCGAAAGGCGCCUUCACGAGCCCUCGUAUGCCGGUCCAAACAUGAAAGUCGUCCUCCUGUCCGACGACACGCUAAAUGUCGACAGGAACGCAUACGAUGACAGCCGAUCGGAGAAGCCAGCCCGCGGCGCACUGUUCACUGCGAUGCAGCGCCAGAUGGGCCUUGACACGAUCCUCAUAGUGGACGCGAUGAAUUACAUCAAGGGCUUCCGCUACCAGAUGUACUGCGCCGCCAGAGAGCUCAAGUUGCGCGUCUGCACUGUGUACGUGGUCGCGACCGCGGAGCUCUGCGUUCAAUGGAAUCAGGACCGUGAAGACGGGAAGUCAUACGCCGCAGAGACCCUUGACAACUUGAUCCAACGCUUUGAAGAGCCCUCGUCGAUGGUUCGGUGGGACUCCCCCCUCUUCACCGUCCCAUGGUUGGAGGAAAAUCUCCCGGUGGACGACAUCUGGAAAGCCGUGAUGGAGGGCAGCGUCAAGCCCCCAAACGCAGGCACGCAAGCGGUGGCAAAAGCCCCGACCGACGCCCUGCACACGCUAGAACAGACGUCCGCGUCGAUGGUCUCCGCCAUCAUGGCCGAGCAGGCGGCCUCGGGCGGCCUCGGUGGCGCCGUGACGCUGGCCGUGUCCGCGACGACGCGGCCGCGUAUAUUCCUGCCCGCGCGCAGCAUCACGCUCUCGGAGCUGCAGCGCCUUAAGCGGCAGUUCGUGACCGUCCACAGGAAGGCAAUCACGCUCGGGACGGUAGAGAAGGGGGCCGUGGACUGGGGCGAGGAGCGGGUCGCGGAGAAAUUUGUAACAUAUCUUGAGGACAAUCUGAGACCCUGA